GGCAGCGCUGGGCGCAGCACAGGAGAAAGCGCCGUUUCCGGCUACGAGCGACCGACUGAGAACCGCUGAAUCCCGACGAGAAAUCCGCUGCUUUCGGGAUCUACCGGGUGAUUUUCUCCGCUGUUAUCCGGCGAAUACGUCAUACGGGUUCCCAGCCAAGCGUUCGGCCGGAGCGAGGCGUUAAAAUGCGGCGAAGGCGCAGGGUUUGAGGCACCGACCACCGGCAUGGCCCGGGACUACGACCACCUCUUCAAACUGCUGAUCAUCGGUGACAGCGGUGUUGGGAAGAGCAGUCUCCUUCUGAGAUUCGCAGACAACACUUUUUCAGGUAGUUACAUCACCACUAUAGGAGUGGACUUUAAGAUCCGGACGGUGGAGAUUAAUGGAGAGAAGGUGAAACUCCAGAUAUGGGACACGGCGGGACAGGAGCGGUUCAGGACCAUCACGUCUACAUAUUACAGAGGAACUCAUGGGGUGAUCGUGGUGUAUGACGUCACCAGCGCUGAAUCCUUCGUCAACGUCAAACGAUGGCUGCAUGAAAUCAACCAGAACUGUGAUGAUGUGUGUCGAACAUUAGUGGGCAAUAAAAACGAUGACCCCAACUCUAAAGUGGUGGAGACGAAUGAUGCUCAGAAGUUUGCCGAGCAGAUGGGCAUCAGCCUGUUCGAGACCAGCGCGAAAGAGAACAUCAAUGUGGAAGAGAUGUUUAACUGCAUCACAGAGCUGGUGCUUCGGGCAAAGAAAGAAUCGGUGGCCAAACAGCAGCAACAGCAGCAGAACGAUGUGGUUAAACUGGGCAAGAAUAGCAAACGAAAGAAAAAAUGCUGCUAGUGGAUGUCCAUGGGCUCGGCCGCCAGCAGCCUUCACAUGCACACGAACUGUGAUCGCCUCGACAUGACCGCAGAAAGAUUUCACAAACACACCGAGCGGACAGAACGGAGAAGCAGUCCUGUCUGGACCCAUACCAACCGCAAAGACUUUUUAAACGGAUAAUGUACAGAUUUUAUUAGAUUAAAGGACUUUUAUGUGGAAUUCGUGGUAUUUAAUAAAAGAUCCUCCUUCUUUCUCGAAGGACAAGCGAGCUGACGUCGCCAAACCGCGCAGAUCUCUGCCGUCACACUUAUUUUACUGCGGUAUAUUACAUCUCUUUACACGCCAUCUCAGGAGGGAAUUUUUUUUUGUUCAGUGGAAUGUCAGUGUUUUCUUCAAGAACAGUUUUUUUUCAUCAAACAGUUCUAAACAUUCACUCGUUGUGGACUCGGAGUGAAACCCAUGCCAACGACUGUACAAUUUUUCAUCUUUCAGUGCAUUUUUAGACCCAAUCUGUCAGACGGAAGUCAACUUUGGUGUUGGGACUUUUUAAAUAUAGGAUCAUAAGCAUGUUCUUUACUUUCAUCGGGUUGGGCUGAAUUAUGAGCUGGAAUGUGUUUUUUUGAGCUCUUGUGAGGUUUUCUUCUGGCUUCUCUGCUUUGUUUUCUGUAAAGAUGAAACGGAAGGCGAUGCUCUCGUCAUGUAGCAGAACGGCUAUUCUUUCUCAAAGCAUUUGUCGGAUGCUGCAGUAGUGCCGAGUGUGAUCACCUUCCUGAUUUUAAAAGUGCGAUUUCAUCCUCAUGCAGCCGAUUGAUGUUUUUCUCUAUACAGUCAAAAUAAUUAAACACGCAGGAGAGGUAUUAGGUUAUAGUGUUCAAGCCAAACUUUGAUUUCUCGAGGAAGGCCAUAAUCGAAAUAGAUCAAAUCCUCAGAAUCGAUUUGUUAUGCGAGUCUUUGCCUUUGAGAGACUCGCUGACACCCCUCACGUGAACAUGUCGGUUUUGUGAAAACCUCUGGCCAGUUGUUAUAGAUGUGUUAGUCCAUUGAUGAGUCCUGACAAGUGCUGUGAGCCAAAACCAGCCAACAUGUCCAUGCGAACUGUGCUGGACGACAACAGCUGCGGUUAUAUUAUACACUGGAGAAAAGAACUGUGUAAUGGGCCCUUUAUGAAUCAAAUCAUUAAUAAAUAUUUUAAAAGAA